AUGACCAUUCGAAAAUUAAAUGAAACUGUUAUACGCAGGCUGCGUGCAUCACUUGUAAUCACAUCGAUAGCACAGUGUGUACUCGAACUCGUUCAAAAUAGCAUCGAUGCCUCUGCAACUACAAUUGAAAUACGCGUAGAUGUCUCUACAUAUUACGUGCAAAUAAUUGACAACGGUACUGGAAUGUCACCAGAAGACCUAAAAAAAGUCGGACAGCGCUAUGCCACGUCAAAGUGUCACACACUGGACGAACUGCAGAAAGUAAACACUUAUGGUUUUCGAGGAGAAGCACUGGCCAGCAUAGCAGAGGAGGCUGUAGUUGAGAUAAUAAGCAAACAUUCUGGUUGCUACGACACGUACUCGAAAACAAUAAAGGGUGGGCAACUUAUUCAAUAUGGCCCUACAAGAUAUAAUAAUCGAAGAAGCAGUGGAACUACGAUUAUAGUACGAGAUUUGUUCUAUCGCUACCCAGUUCGUCGACGGCAGCAAGCACAGACACCAGCAUCAUUUGCUAAUGAGAUUGAUAGCGUGAAGCGAGCAGUGGAGACGAUUGCCCUCAUUUAUCCCAACAUUAUCUUCACUUUGAUAGACACAUCUCGCGAUGCAAAGAUAGUAAUGACACGCAAGACGAAUUCGUCCAUCUCAACAUUUAGACAGCUCUUUGGAGUUUCGCUUUCCCAACAUCUGGAAUCUGUGUCCGAAGAAGAGAAUGAUUUUGUUAUAAAAGGUUUUAUUUCAACGAGAGGCCUACCUUCGCGUCAACACCAGUACUUUUUUGUUAAUAAUCGUCUCAUUGCCUAUAAUGACAUUCACAGAACUAUCGACGAGUUGUUUGCUCAGAGUAGCUUUCCCAACCGAGUCAAUGACACUUUGGACUUGAUCUCCAGCAUGGAAAUAUCAUCUGAUCAGAGGCAGAGAAAGUCGAUGGGGAAAUGUCCUGUGUAUCUACUGCAACUUACUUGUGCUGCGACCGAGUACGACAUUUGCUUGGAUCCUGCAAAAAAUAUCGUGGAAUUUCAAAACUGGGGAAAGCUAUUGAAACUGAUCUCAUCUCUGAUCACUGAUUUUCUCAUAAAAUACAAAUUUGCGGAACAUUCAAAUUCAUAUGACGAUGACAACGUUUGUGAAGACGCAGUUGUGAGAAAUGACACUUGUUCUAGAUUGAGAUUUGAUGAAUUGUUGCAUAUUAAAUGCAGUGGUAUGAAAGAACGUUUAUUUAAUGAUAAAGAAUUGAGGAGCGGCGGCGACUCAUGUGAAUUGUCAAUGAUAUCCGCACCGUUACCACGUGUACAGCCACGGCAAGCAUCGGCACCUGCACCUGCGUCUGUGGAAUUCAGAGCGUCUACAGUCGAUGCACCAGAGUCUGUACGUACGGAAAUGAAUGAAUAUUCCAAGUGGACUGAUCCAAUUACGAAAGAAAGCUUCUAUGUUGACAAGAGGACGGGAAACUCGUACAAGACGAUACCGUGUUACAACGAUGAGACUGAGAACAACGCCAUGCCCGUAUCGACCAGAGGACGCGUUGAUAAGAGUCGUCUGCGAACGUCGGCAAAUUGUAAAAAUAACUCGAAUCUAAAUUUAUGGGCCCAUGACGCAUUUAAGAAAUGGGCAGGCUCAAAUAUCAACACGUCUGAAACGCCGAUACCUCAUUUAAUGCCACCUGGUGCCAACAUGAGAAAAAUGACAAAUCGAAAUUUAUUCUCUUGGAGUGCAUCAGCAACGAUGGAUAUAUCUAAAUAUCGAUUCACAAAGCAAGAUCUAAAAUCGGCCAAAGUAAUAGGCCAGGUAGAUGACAAGUUUAUCGCAUGUAAAUUGCAAUGCAGUGAUACACACACGAGCAGCAAUGGCUCAUCCACCCUAAUACUCGUCGAUCAACAUGCAGCAGAUGAGAGAAUAAGAGUCGAGAUGUUGUUGAAAGAAUUUUGUGAGUAUGAUUCGGACCAGGCAGAGGUCACCGACUCUCGUCCUCGCAUAUCCAUAGUUGAAACCAUAAAUCUCAAUCCGCCGAUCAAGGUUUCUCUGUCGACACGCGAAGCUCUAGCGGCUCAACGGUUUAUAGAUCAAUUCAACAAAUGGGGAAUAUACUUUGCCUCGCAAUCCACUUUACAGGCACCUGACACUAAAUCUACAGCAGAAUUAGACUCAUCGCCACAUUUCUCCAGGUUCAAUGAUCAUGUCACGGAACAUGUUACACAUCUGCCUCGUAUGAUAGCGGAUAAAUGUGUAGCUGAUUCGCGCGUUCUACAAGAAAUCAUAAGACAACAUUUAUAUUGGCUAGAGGAUACUGGUGGAAUUGGAGUAAGCGUGGACGAUGACGGCGGAUACACAGAGAAUGAAGAAGAAUGGCCAAACAUGAUAAGAAAAUGUCCAAGAGGAAUAUUGGACAUUAUUAAUUCGAAAGCAUGCAGAGGUGCCAUAAAGUUUAAUGACAAGUUAUCCCGCGAGACUUGUAUUGAAUUGGUAUCAAAGCUUGCUGAAUGUAUAUUUCCGUUUCAGUGUGCUCAUGGAAGACCAUCGAUGAUUCCAGUGGUUUCCCUAGAUGGUGUGCAAAAGUCCAGAUUCGCUCAAAAGCCAUAUCGAUAUACCAGGAGGUUAACCAGUAAUGAUAUCGCGAACAGCAGUAAUUGUGAUUUUAGAGAAUGGAAACGACAAAAGUUCUCGCGGGAGUAG